CCUCCAGUCUUAAGGAAGAUUUUCGAGCUGAAAGUUGACUCUAUUCCCCUUCCAACAGCGGUCGCUACCCGAGUUGCAGAGCCUCUCCGGCAUUUAAAGCCUUUUGCUUCCGAAGGUUAGGCCCCGCACGCACUUUGACCCCGGCCUGCGUGACGUUGCCGUGCGAGCGUGUCGCCCAGAGGGACAUGGCGGCGGACGGCCUUAACUGGUUCACCGUCCUCUUGGUGGUCGCUGUUUUCCUGCUGACUCACUACGUGAUGAAGCGCUGGGCUCGGGACCGCGCCAGGCUUCCCGCCGGCCCGCGGCGCUGGCCCCUGAUCGGCUCGUUACCGGGCCUCGGAUCGGAAGCUCGGCUCCCUCCGCAUCUGCUGCUUAGUGCCAUGGCAGAAACAUACGGCAGCGUCUCCAGCUUCUACCUGGGCAACUGGCUCCUGGUGGUGCUGAAUGGUUUCGAGGCGGUUCGAGACGCACUGCAACGCAAUGCCGACGUGUUCUCCGACAGACCAACCAUUCCCCUGAUAACAAUCAUAACCCAGCGCAAAGGAAUAGUCUUCGCACCAUAUGGUUUGGUCUGGAAGGAGCAAAGAAGAUUCUCCCUCUCAAUUUUGAGGCAUUUUGGUUUUGGGAAACUUGAUCUAGAGCCUAAGAUCUUAGAGGAACUGAAAAUUGUGAAGUCACAGCUUUCAAAAGCAGUGGGAACAGCCUUUUCUCCUUGUCAUGUUAUUAAUAAUGCUGUAUCCAACAUUAUUUGUUCAAUGUGCCUUGGAAAACGGUUUGACUAUGAUAAUGAAGAAUUUAAAUCCAUUUUGCAUCUGAUUGCUCGAGGAAUGAAAUUGGCAUCAAACAGCCCUGCAAUGCUUAUCAAUGUAUUUCCUGUCCUUAGGUAUUUACCUUUUGGACCUUUCAAAGAGGUUGCCCAAACCGUAAAGGAUGUAACUUCAUUUCUGAAAAAAAUCAUCGCUGAGCACCGAAAAACUAUGGAUCCUGAAAACCCACGUGAUUUUAUUGAUUUUUAUCUAAAAGAAGUAGACUGUGAAAUACAACGGAACCAAAAUACAAGCUUCAGUGAAGAUUAUUUAUUUUACACCAUUGGUGAUCUCUUUGUGGCAGGGACAGAUACAACAUCCAAUACUUUGUUGUGGGCUAUUCUUAUAAUGGCUUCACAUCCAGAAGUCCAAGAACAGGUUCAUAGAGAAAUCAUGGCCGUUAUCGGUGAGUCUAGACUUCCUUCUUACAAAGACAGACAUCACAUGCCAUUCACAGAAGCAACAAUAAUGGAAAUUCAGAGGAUGACAACAGUUGUUCCAUUAGCUAUCCCACAUAUGGCAUCAGAAACUGUUGAGUUCAAAGGUUAUACCAUUCCUAAGGGGAGCAUUGUGAUUGCAAAUCUGUGGUCAGUCCACAGAGAUCCAAGCAGAUGGGAGCAACCUGAUGAAUUUAAUCCUUCUCGUUUCUUGGAUACAGAUGGAAACAUAGUAAAAAAUGAAGCUUUUAUGCCUUUUGGAAUAGGAAAAAGAAUCUGUAUGGGAGAGCAAAUGGCAAAGAUGGAACUCUUCCUUAUCUUCAGCAGCCUCCUGCAGUCAUUUUUCUUCAAACUUCCUGAAGCUAAUGAUGCACCAAACAUGUCUGGUCGAUUUGGUCUCACUCUUUCUCCACAUCCUUUUAAAAUCAUUCCAGUUAAGAGAUAAGUUACAUAUUGGAACAGGCUACAGUCUUCCAAGGUUUAUCAUUUGCUGCAAUGAAGAAAAGACAAAAAUAAAGAUUAGCUUCAUUUGUCACAAGUACAUUGAAACAUCAAAGCAUACAUUGAGAUGUGUUAUUUGAAUCAAAUCGCAUCAGCAAGGAUUGUGCUUAGUACAGCCCGCAAGCUUUGCCAUCCUUCUGGCACCAAUGUAGCAUGCCCACAACUCACUAACCCAAACCAUACAUCUUUGGAAUGUGGGAGGAAGCCAGAGAACCCAGAAGAAACCCACAUUGUCACAAGAAGAACAUACAAAUUCCUUAUAGAGACUGGCAGGAAUCAAACCCUGAUUGGUGAUUACUGGCGCUGUAAAGCAAUUGCUCUAACUGCUACAGUACGAAGCUGAUAUCUCUUCAGUUCUUUGUAUAUAUUACAUCCAUAUUAACUUGAAUGAAAAGGCAAUCUCUAAUUUUUCUCCUUUAAUGGUGCAGCAAUAUGCACUGUAGAUGUGUCACCAUUGGCAAUUUAUGAAACAGAAUCAGCUUUAAAUAUUCAGCCUCAUUCUAUGAAUAUAUAUUUUUCUUCUUCUGCAGAAAUAGUUAAACAUACCAGAAAACUUCCUAUUUUUCCUAAUAUCUUGAAUCUGACAUCUCUACAUAGAAUGGAGAAUGCAUUCUUAAGCAUUUCAUUUUAAAUAUUUUACUCUUGAAGACUGCCUACAACUUACAGUGAACAAUGCAAAGAAAAAGACACAUGAACCACUUUUUGUUUUAUCAUCCUCUGGUAAUUCAUGAAAAUCACAUGGUUGAAGUGAGAUGUAUAUUUCCUUCAGUAUUUGCUGUUAGGUAUUUUAAUGAGAGAAAGAAAAAAUAAUGAAGAAACAAUUGCUACAGGUCUUUAUAAUUGGGACAAUUGCACUUUCUCUCCUAAUUUAGUAGGUCUGUAAGAUUUUGAAAACAAUGUGAUUUCUACAUUAUGGACAUAGCUAUGAUUUUGGAUUCCAUGUUCCCAGUAAAGUUUCUGAAUUGGUAUCUGGAAUAUAGUACUGUGCAGAAGUUUUAGGCACAUACACAGUAUAUAGCUAGUAUCCCUAAGACUUCUACAUAGCACUGUAUUUGUCAACGUGGUGCAGUGAGCGGGUUUGUAAAUAUGGUAGGAGCAAAGGAUAUUAGGAAUGGCGAGGACGGAGUGCCGUGGGAGGGGUGUGGGACAGGUGGCAGAGGAGUACUGGGGUGGUGGUGUGGUUGAUGCAUGCAGACACAUCCAGCCCUGAGAUACCAGGCAAGGUCACUUGAUUCCAAACAAUUGCUUUAUUGAUCAUUACAGAAUAUCUCUGUGGUGCUUACACUCCCCGCUUCUCCCUUCCCCUUUUCCCAACCAUGAUUCCCCUCUCCCUGCUCCCCUCCCACUGUCAGUCCACAAUAGAGACCCAUAUUAGAAUCAGGUUUACCAUCAUUCACACAUGACAUGAUAUUUGUUUUUUUUUUGCAGCAGUACAGUGCAAUACAUAAAAUUACUACAGUGCUGUGCAAAGUUCUAAGGCACCCUAUCUAUAUAUACUCCAUGUGCCUGAGACUUUUGCCGGGUACUGUAUGUGUAAAUAUUUCUGGUUAAUCAUAUAUGUUGGCUGUCAUAAUGGUGAGUAAACUAGAAUGCAUGUACCUUGUUCUCUCCCUUAGAUCAAUCAUUGUUCUUGGAUAUCUGAAAGGAAAAAGAGACAUGAAUAAGGUUGGGGUGAUGUAGAAAAAUAUCUCCUAUACCAGCAAGACCUUCUUCACACGUGCAUCAUAAAUGGGAUGACAAUUGUCUCAGCAAUGGCCAUUUUGUUGAGUGCCUGUUUUUGCUUGGUUUGAGAACCUACAGUUAUGACAUUCUCUCUUGUUAGCUCCAAUUCCUCAGGUUUCACUGCACUUUCUGCAAGAAGGAGUAUCAGUCUUUCUAAGCUUUGCUGCCACUGUGGAGCAGUUGUCAAUGUGUGCACGCUUUGAAGUGUGAGAUUUAGGCUUGUGUCAGCGUUGACUGGGUUUAGGGUGAGCUCUAGUGAAAGUUGUUAGUAGAUUGGUGUUAGAGAUACAGUAAAUUGAGCAAUAGCUGAGGAUGCCAACUCAUACUGAUUUACACUACACAGAAAAUACUAAAGUUCUUCAGAUGCUCUGUCCUGAUCUUCAGGACUAAAAUCAUGCUUUGACUAUCUUUUCACAAUGUGAAAAUUGUAUGUUCACCAUUCUUUAUUGGGAGGGUCUGCUGUUUCCAUGUACCCCAACCCCAUUCUUAAAAUGUCAAUCACUCCUCCAUUCUAUCUGUGUCAAGGCAUCCAGUGUAAUAUCUUAAAAUAAUAGUUUGCUAUUCAACCUCAGCCCAAUGCAUUUCCUUUUUCAAAAGGUCAAAAUUAAGAACAGUGGGUUGGCCUCAACACUGAUGUAUGCAAUCACCGGACAAUUGGGAAAUAAAGGUUGCACUCAGAAGUCAUAAUUAACAGCUCUAAUUAUUUACACAUUAUAACCAUUUCAACCACACUAAAUGUGAUAUGGAAACCGUGACACCUCAUGCACUCUUGAUCUUUUCAAGGAUUUUAUGUUCCCCGGCCUCCAUCAUCUCAUUUUUAUUGUGGAUGUCCAGUCCCUAUACACCUCCAACCCCCCGUCCCUAUACACCUCCAACCCCCACCAGGAAGGCCUCAAAUCUCGCUGCAUUUUUCUGGACACCAGACCUAACCAGUUCCCCUCCAUUCUCCUCUGCCUAGCAGAACUUGUUCUCACUUUCAAUAAUUUCUUCUUUGGCUCCUCCCACUUCCUUCAAACAAAAGGAGUAGCCAUGGGCACUCGCAUGGGUCCCAGCUAUGCCUGCCUGUUUAUCGGCUAUGUGGAACAGUCUAUGUUCCAAGCCUACACUGGUAAUCAUCUCACACUUCUCCUAUGCUACAUCAACAAAUGCAUUGGUGCUGCUUCCUGCACUUGUGUUGAAGUUGUCGAUUUUAUUCAUUUUGUCUCCAGCUUCCACUCUGCCCUCAAGUUCACCUGGUCCAUUUCCGAUACCUCCCUUCCCUUUUUCGAUCUCACUGUCUCUAUUUCCGGAGACAGCUUAUGCACCAAUGUCUAUUACAAACCCACGGACUCUCACAGCUACCUAGACUACACCUCGUCCCACCCUACUACUUGUAAAAAUGCCAUCCCCUUUUCUCAGGAUGAGGCUCUUCAUUCUAGAACGAAGGAGAUGUCCUUUUUCAAAGUAAGGGGCUUCCCUUCUGCCACCAUCAACGCUACCCUCAACCACAUCUCUUCUAUUUCACGCAUCUUAACCCAUCCUCCCGCCACCCUACCAGGGAUAGGGUUCCUCUGGUCCUCAUUUACUACCCCACCAGUCUCUGCAUCCAGUAGAUAAUUCUCCAAAACUUCUGCCACCUCCAACAGAAUCCCACCACCAAGCACAUCUUUGCCACCCCCCCCCUCUGAUUUCUGCAGGGAUCACUCCCAAAUGACUCCCUUUUCCAUUCGUCCCUCCCCAAUGUUCUCCUUUGUGGCACUUAUCCUUGCAAGUGGAACAAGUGCUACACCUGCCCCUACACCUACUCCCUCACUACCAUCCAGGGCCCUAAGCAAUCCUUCCAGGUGAGGUGACACUUCACCUAUGGGUCUGUUUGGGUCAUUUACUGUAUUGGGUGUUCCCAGUGUGACCCCUUGUACAUCGAUGAGAUGUGAUGUAGAUUGGGAGACUGCUUCGCCGAGCAACUAUGCUCCAUAUGCCAGAACAAGUGGGAUCUCCCAGUGGCCACCCAUUUUAAUUCCACUUCCCAUUCCCAUUUUGAUAUAUCCAUCGAUGUCUGGCCUCCUCCACUGUCGGGAUGAGGCCACACUAGGAUGGAGGAACAACACAUUAUAUUCCAUUUGGGUAGCCUCCACCCUGAUGACAUGAACAUCGAUUUCUCAAACUUCCAGUAAUGCACCCAACCCCCUCUCCAUUUCCCACCCCCUUUACCUUCUCUCAUAUCAUCUCACCAAUCAAUUUCCCAGCUCUUUACUACAUCCCUCCCCCUCCGAGUUUCACCUAUCACUUGCCAGUUCUCUCUCCCACCCCCUACCUUUUAAAUCUAGUACUCAGCUUUUUUUCUCCAGUCCUGCCGAAGGGUUUUGGCCUGAAACAUCGACUGUACUUUUUUUUUUCCAUAGAUGUUGUCUGGCCUGCUGAGUUCCUCCAUCAUUUUUUGUGUGUGUUGCUCAGAUUUCCAGCAUCUACAGAUUUUCCCUUGUUUAUGAAAACAGUCCAUCUUCCCUGAAAAUGUCUGUCAAAAUGUGUGAAAUGAUCCAACAUUUAAAAGAUACUUGGAUAGAUACAUGAUUAGUAAGUUAGGAGAUAACAUCAUAACUCAUGGAAUAGUGUGUAAGAUUCCAGCAGGAUAUCAGUCAAAUGGGAAAGUGAGUGAAGGAAUGAAACUCAGACAAGUGCAAGUGCAAACUGCUCUGUAGUUCCCUGCUUUCCGCCUUUUUUUUAAACAAGGAACUCACAUUGGCUGUUUUCUAAACUUCUGGUAGAAUUGGGUGUUUAGCAAACUUUGAAAAUUUUCAACCAUUGAAUCCACUAACUCUGCAACCACUUCCUUUAGAACCUUAGCAUGCAAUUCAUCAGGCCCAGGUCUCUUGCUGCCUUAGCUCCAUGCAUUUGUCCAUUUGGGAUGUUUGUAAGUUAUAUGAUGUUAUUUGAAAUUUGUCCAUCUGAUGCAAAAAACAUAUUCAACAUUACUGCCAUUUCUUUGCUGUCAUUAGUUCACCAGUCUCAUUCUCUGGAGGCCAUACAUUUAUCUAAGCCACCAUUUUCCUAUUUAUGUCUCCAUAGAAACUUUUACUGUUAUGGAGUUAUUGAACACUACAGAACAGAAACAGGCCCAUCAGCUCAUCUAGUGCAUGUGAACUAUUAAUCUGCUUAGCCCCAUCGACCUGUAUCUAGAUCACAGCUCGCCAUACCCCUCCUAUACAUGUACCUAUCCAAAUCUCUCUUAAAUGUUGAAAUCAAACUUGGACUUAAGUUUGACAGUGACACCACUGGAUCAAGGGUGGUGAUGAAUCAGCAUAUACAUAUGAGAGAGAUUGAAAAUCUGGCUGAGUGAUGCCACAGCAACAACCUCUCACUCAAUGUCAGCAAGACCAAGAUUAUUGAAUACAGGAUUAGGAAACCAGAGGUCCAUGAGAAACUCCUCAUAGGGGGAUCAGAGGUGGAGAGGGUCAGCAACAUUAACUUCCAUGGUAUAUCUUUACAGAGGAUCUGUCCUUGGUCCAGCACAUAGCGUUACGAAGAAGCACACCGGCGCUUCUACUUUCUUCAAAGUUUGUGUCAUGGUCCGGUCCGUGAAGUCCCCAUUGUGGUUCAUGGUCCGGUCCAUGGACUCAGGACUCCGGGUCUUCCAGCUGACCCUUGUUUGACUAAAUCAAAGGCACCUGACUCCCAUCUUUGGGCUUGCAAUAUAAGUAGCCUUGGGAUUGCAUGUGGGCUGCUGGUUUGUCUUGUCAGUCUCCCUUUGGAGCAACCUGCUGAUGGAAGGCUAGUGAAACCAUUUGUGAUCUCUGGGCCUGGUUGGAGGAUCACUGCUUCAUGGAGCCUUGUUGCCACUCAUUGGAGUAGUCUUUGCAGUAUGGAUUUGGCUGUUUCCUGGGACAACUGAGUAGCUGCCAGCCACUCUGAGCUAGGUAGGGAUCUGGCUGUUUCUGUAGCCAGCUGAGGUUGCUGACUGAACUGAGACUUGGAGCUACCCUGGAGCAGAGAUGGAACUGUCUGUUGUUCUUUGGUGUUUGUUUCUUCUUGUCCUCGCCUACGUGGGAUAAGUCAAGCUGUCUUGCUGUUGCCCUGUGGGGCGACAUGUCUUGUCUUUGCCUCUGUUGGGUAUGUCUGGCCGCCCUGCCGUUACCCAGCAGAUGGACCUGUCCCACCUUGGUGUGGAGAAGUUGAGUCCUGGCUUGUCUUAAGCUAAGUCCUGGCUGUAUGUCUAUGUUCUGUCCUGUCUCAUGUUAGUGUCGUGUUAAAGAUGAGUCCGGGCUUGUCAAAGGAUAAGUCCAGGCUCUAUGUUAAUGUUCGGUUCCCAGUCUGUCUCUGAGCUCCAAGAGCCCGGGCCUCGAUGAUCCCGCAGCCAAGCUCAAGACCCAAGACCCCAGCCUCAAGCCAUGGUCAUGUCCUUGCCCAGUUCUGGGGUCUGAGCCCGAGGCAAGACCCAGGUUCUGGGUCCUUGUCCAGUCUCGGGCUCGGAGUCCAAGCCUUGUCUUGUCUCCAAGCUCAGGCCUCUAGACCCCAGCCACGUCCUGUCUUGAAGCCAUGUCAUGUCCUUGCCUGGUUCCGGGGUCCGAGCCCGAGGCAAGACCCAGGUUCUGGGUCCUUGUCCAGUCUCGGGCUUGGAGUCCAAGCCUUGUCUCCUAGUCCUGGUCCCGCUAUCCCUAGCCCUACUCUGCGUUCUUGUCCCUACUCUAGUCAAGUCUUGUUCAUUGUACUUCAGUGUCUGUGUCUUGCAUCUGGGUCUGUUCCCAGCACCUCUCAUAUGACAGUUUGUGUAUGUUCAGAAAACUUUGACAAAUUUCUAUAGUUCUGUGGUGGAGAAUAUAUUGACUAGCUGCAUCAUGGCCUGGAAUGGGAACACUAGUGCCCUUGAAUGGAAAAGCCUACAGAAAGUAGUGGAUAUGGCCCAGCCUAUCAUGGGUAAAGCCCUCCCCACCAUUGAGCACAUCUACACGGAGCGCUGUCGCAGGAAAGCUGCAUCCAUCAUCAGUGACCCCACCUCCCGGGGCAUGCUGUCUUGUUGCUGACAUUAGGAAGAAGGUUCAGGAACAGUUAUUACCCCUCAACCACCAGGGUCUUGAACCAGAGGGGAUAACUUCAUUCAACUUAUCUGCUCAUCACUGAACCCUUCAUCUCAUGUUCUUGAUAUUUAUUGCUUAUUUAUUAUUAUUAUUAUUGUUGAAAUUCAUUUUUCCUCAGCUCAAGCUAGUAAAACCUGAGGUACAGGCAUAGCCAAGCACACUUAUUUCUCAAUUGCUGGAAUUUUCAGACCAUUCUAGUGGUGUUUAUAAUGCAGCUUUCUGAAGAUUUAUGUAGAAAUUCCUGUGCAGCCCUAAUUGUUUGCUAUUGUGUAGGGCUUUUUGGAUGAUACCAGCUCUAGAUACUGGGACAGUGUAUACCCUGUUCAUGUUCCAUAGUCUUUUAACUUCAUCUUUUUAAUUUAACAUAUUUCUGGUGUUUUUCACAUUGAUUUCUGUAGGUCAUGUGUGUUUGGAAUGGCUAUAUCUAUUAAAUUAGUUGUUCUUGCUUGUUUAUCCUGUAUUAUAACCAGACAGUUAUUAUGGAUUGUCCUAUUUGUAAUUGAUUGGUCAUAUUGUAAUUUUUUGGUAGGCUGACUAUAAAGCUGGAUCAAGUUUCUAUUUAUAGUAAGGUGUGAUUUCAUUUAUGAGUUUGUAUUUUAAAGCAAGGUUUUGUUAAAUGGCUCCAGAUCCUGUUAUGUGUUGGAUUGUUUCUGGUUUUUCUUGACAUUUUCUACAUUUAUUGCCUGGAAUGUGUUGGUCUUUUAUUAUGUAUUUGUGAUUUUUUUUUUGUGUUAACUAUCUGGGCCUGUAUUGCCACAAGGAACCCUUCUGUAUCUGGGAAGAGAUCUCCAACUCUGAGCCAGGUGUUUUAUGCUUCCUUGUUGACAUCUAGUCUGCUCAGAUCAUAAGGAUGUCUGACAUGGAGGGUCAUGCCCUUCAAUUGGUUAACCUUACUUCAAUAAUGAUAAUGUCUUCAUUUUUCUGGGUUGUGCUCUCAUUUAUGUUUAGUGGUCUAUACUUCUCAUUGGAAUUGCUUGCAUGGAGUGCUGAUUCCUGUUUUCAUUGAUGAAAAUAUAUCCUUAGGAGUUUUACCUGAAUGUUGUGUAGAUUUUUAAUGUCCGUUAUUCCUCUUCCCUCUUCUGUCCUAGGUAGUGUUAGUCUAAGUGUAUUUGAAUGCACAUAAUGUUUUCUGAAAUUUGUCAUUUCAGUUCUUAUUUUACUUUGUAAAUUUUCCAGAUUGGUUUCAGACCAAGAUAUUAUGCCAAAAGAAUACUUUAAUGUAGGUAUAGUGAAAGUGUUUAUUGCCUUUGUUAUAUUUUUACUGCUGAGCUCUGUUUGGGAGAUUUUCUCAAGUAAAUUCUGUCAGAUGCUUUUCCUUUAUCACACUCUGAUCUAUUUUCUUUGUUGAUUUCCCAGUUAAUUGUCUGUUUCAUAUUCAUCCAUUGGUUGUACUGUAUCCUGCUGCUCUGUUUUGUAUUUUAUUAACUCUGUUACACCUUCCUUUACAUUUAAUGUUCUGCAUUUAUCCAGUCCAAAGUUCAUGUUUGUAUCUUUAAAAAAUAGUUCUACUAUUUGAAUUAAUUCUUUUGCUUAGCCGAUGAAGGAGCAUAUGAUUUCAAAUCAUGCAUGUAUAGAUAGUGUGCUAAGGUAUAAUUCAUUUUGUUGUUUCUGAUUCGAUACCCAAUUUUAAUCUGAUUCAGUAAAUUAGAGAGCAGGUUUAAAGCUAGACGGAACCAUAGUGGACUUAGAGUUGCCCUGGAAAAAGCUUUGGUUUAUUUUGGUAAUAGUGGUUGUUCUUUUUUGGGUGCUAAUAGAUAGGGUGGUUACAGUACACCAAUGCUUCAUCAGAUGUUGCAGGAAGUUCACAAGUAUUGCGUGUAGUGUAUAUAUGUAUGUAAAGAACUUUUGUUAACUAUGAGUGAGGGACAAAGUCAUAUACCUUUUGGUAGUCAAUAUAACAACAUGAAAGAUUUCUGCUUUUCUGUUGGGCUUGAUUUAAAAUUACGGAAUCUAUUAUCAGUUGUUCUUUAUAUCCUUUCAUACCCAUAUGGCAUCCUUUCUGAUCUUCUGUAAGUAUAUUGUGGUUAUCUAACUGAGCGGUGAUUAGUUGUGAGAUACGUGAUGUUACAACUUUAUAUAUAGUUUAUAAAUAGGGUGCUAUCUUAAUAGAUCUUCUGUGAUUUCCCCUUUAGGUAAAAGAUAGUUUUACCUUCUGUCCAACCGGCCUUAUUAUUUCUUUCUUCUUUUCUUUAGUAUUUGCACAGUUUGUUCUCUUACACACUGUUUAUCCACAUUGGCGUGGUCUUUCAUUAAUUCUAUUUUGGUUAUUGAAUUUAUUGAGUGUGCUUGCAAGAAAAUGAAUCUUAGGGUUGUAUAUGGUAUACAUAUAUGUACUUUGCUAAUAUAUUUACUUCGAACUCAACAGUUCCCACUGAACAGGACUCAUCUUCAAGGACUCUUCAUCUCGUGUUCUCCAUAAUUAUUGCUUACUUAUUUAUUAUCUUUUUUAUAAUUUAUUUUUUAUUGAAGUUCAUCAUCAAACAGACAUUUCCAUAAGAUAUUUCAGAUAUUGUACAUAUAUAUAUCAUAUAGUCAUAUAUGCCAUAAAUCUCUGCAUAAUAUUUAUCUGAGGUAUACACUUAUAGAAGAGAGGAAAGAAAGAACGAGCAAAAGGAGAAAACUAUGUACAAGUAGGGAGUAAUUUUUUUUACAACAUAUUCAUUGAUUUGUGAGAAUAAAAUCAAUGAGGUGUUAUGAAGUUAAACCAUUUUUCCCGGUAUGAAUCAAAUUGGUGUGCAUAUGACUCGGAUUUUAUGCCAAAUAGACUGGAUGCUAGAUUUAAGGACUGGACAGCUAAAGGAAUAACAGUUCUUUGCAAUAUAAUGAAAGAAGGAACACCAUUCAGUUUUGAAAUGCUUAAAGAGAAACACUUAUUAGAAAAACAAGAUUUUUAUUGGUAUUUACAGAUGCAACAGUAUAUUAAUAGGAUGGUUAAAAAUGUAACCAAGGCAAGUAUAUGUUUGAUAGAGCUAUUUAGAAAACCAUAUAAUUCAGAUAAUGGUAGUAGAAUCAUUUCAAGCGUAUGUAAGGGUUUAUCAAAUCUUAGAACACAUUCGACUUCAUACAUUAAAGCAAAAUGGGAGAAGGAAGGAGGGAUAAUUAUAUCCGAGGAAGAAUGAACAAUAAUAUGGAGGUAUCAAUGGAAGUGUACCAGUUCACAGAAAUGGAGGGAGUUCAGAUGGAAAAACUUGAUGAGGUAUUUUAAUACACCCUCUCAGAAAUCCCAUUAUGAUAGUAACCUCCCUGUAUGCUGGAGAAAUUGUGGAAAUCAAAAUGCAAACCAUUAUCAUAUUUUCUGGGAAUGUCCUGUUAUCAAAGACUGAAGUGGGAUACACUAUGCCCUACAAGACAUCUUUAAAUGUGAAACACCCUUAGAAAUUAAGACCAUCUAUUUUGGGUAUAUACCUUAAGAAUUGUUGAAAAGAGAUAAAUAUUUAGUGAAUAUACUGCUGGUGGCUGGUAAAAAGACUCUUACCAGGAAAUGGUUAUCACAGGAGAGCCCAACUUUAAAUGCAUGGAUAGAAAUUACAAUGGACAUUUACAAAAUGGAGAAGGUAACAGCAUCUGUUAAUCAUAAAUUGUAACAAUUUAUUAUCAUUAUUAAUUUGUUUAUUUCCUUUAAAAUCUGCCCUGUUGGGUGUGAUCCUUCAUUGAUUCUAUGGUGUUACUUGUAUUUACUCUGCCCACAAGAAAAAGAAUCUCAGUGUUCUAUAUAGUGAUGUCUGUGUACUGUGAUAACAUUUACUUUGAACGUUGAAUCUACCACUUCCACUGGUAGUUCAUUCCACACUUUCACCACCCUCUGAAUGAAGAAGUUUCCCCUCAUGCUUCCCUUAAACAGUUCACCUUUCAUGCUUAACCCAUGACUUCUAGCUCUAGUCUCACCCAAGGUUAAUUAAUGAUAAAAAGCCUGCUUGCACUUACCUUUACCCCUCAUAAUUUUGUAUACCUCUGUAAUGCCCUGGUUAAUAUUUCUACUGCUAUGUUGUAGGUAUUUCAUUUCAGCGGUUUUCUGCAAACGCAGUGUGUCCUGCUGGUAGAAUGUUUUGGUUACGGCUAAAGGUAAGAAGCUUUUUGUUCAACAUGAAUGUAGUGUCAGCCAAGCAGAGAGAGCUUUCUAAAAGACAGUAGUCUGGUUUGGAGUCUUUUUUGGCGGGAGCUGAGGAACGGGACAGAAAGGAAGAUGCCACAGAAUGCUGUUGGAAAGAGAGUCUCCAUUGCAAGAAGUGCUUUGUGCAGAUGAAUGUCUCCGAGGAGGAAGGGUAAUACUCCUGAGAGAGACGGCCAGUUUACUUGAGGUGGUCUUUGAGGGGAGUUCAAAAAUGUGGCGGGUGUUUUCACAUAGAGUGUGGGUCCAGUGCAGCAGCUCAUGAAUAAGAGGUACGCUCCCGAAUACUCCAGUAUGAACUCGGAACAGUUAUGUGCACAUUAGACUGGUUUAACAGUAAUGGACCCUUUUAUUUUCUUUUAUUUUUCUUCCUAUUAACUGUUUGAUAAAGCUGAAAUUCUUUAUAAUUUUAUGCAGUGUAUAAUCUGUUAUUUCUUGCCGACUGAUAGUUGUGUAUGGGCAGUAUUUACACAACAUUUGCUCAAAUCGAGUUUCCGUUAAGUGGAACAUCCCAACUUUACUGUUUGGUUGAACCCCAAAUCAUACCAACCCUAGAUGUAAAUUGUUUAUAAAGGUGACCUUCUUACUACAGAGCCCCGGGGCUGUUAGCGGAGUUAGCAAUCAAGCCAAGUUUCCAUACGAGCCCAAUGAAAGGGUUACAUUUUGUGGGGGCUUCAUCCAGAGAUUUCGGGCGCUGUUUGAAUGCUGUUUUAGGAUUGAUUAAGCAGUUUGUGUGUUUAAACUAGUGUUGGCGAAAUGAUUAAGUACUAGUGUUGGGCGCUACAGGGAUUAAGGUUCUGUGCGAUUCAAAGAGAUUAUCAAAUAAUUCUUGUAUUCUGAACAGGGUGGAUGUAAGGAAUCCCGAUAGACUUUUACUCGGGAGCUGAGUUCUGUGAAAGUGCUGGGGGUAGUUAUGCAGAUUGAACGGUAUUUUGACCAAUCAGCUGGUAAGGAUGUUGUGUUAGUCCACACUAGCAAUGACGUAACUGAAGUCGUGCUGCCCAAUAUAUUAGAAGCUCCUGGAAAGGUGGGGUCAUGGGCAGUCCAUAUUUUUAGAAAAGGGGGAAAGGUAGCUGAGGGCAAAGACUUUUAAGACAAGUUGGUCUUGUUUCUGGGAAGUGAGGGAAAGGAGUUGUUUGAUGUGAAAGGUCUAAUGAGUUCUUCAGCAGUUGACGGAAAUUCUGAAUUGGUGUCGGCUAUUACAUCACUGGUUGAUAAAUGCCAAAGUUAUCGUAGGCAGGGAGUAUUCUCUGGAGUCAAACCCGCACCCAAUGGGGAAGAAGAAUGAGGUUUGGGCAGAGCAGACUUCUCAGUUAAUGGAUGAAUAGCAGUACUCAGAUAAUAUGGAAAAAACAGAGACUGGUAUUUAAAGGGUCUGGCGGUUGAUAUAGUGAGCUGCCUCAGGGCAGAAAACCCUUUAGCCACGUCAGCUAAUUACUUGUAAGCGGUGGAAGGCCCUUUUGGCCUUGCAGAAAGUGCAGCGGAUCUUAGGAUGAAAUCCAGGGGGGAGGAGAGAAGCUGUCUGUCUACCUUUUCAGGUUGGAGAAACUGCUGCAUUUUUUGUGCCAGUGUCUGAGAGAAAUUGCUUGAGAAUGGAGCAAGUUGGGAGGGGCAUGCUAUCACAUGAGGUGAUUGCUCUAUAUAUUCGAAUGACCCACAAGAUACGCCCUGCUCCACCUUUUACCUUUUGCCAAGUUACUCCGAGAAGUUAGGAGGAAAACAUGACUGAGAAGCAGAACAUUUCCAAAACUUGAGUAGUGUCUUCAGUGGUAGCCCCUAAGGCUAAAGUGACCCCUGAUACCACAGAGAUAGAGCUUUUGAGGAAUGAGGUAGAAAACCUUCGAGCUGAGCUGAUUUGAUGGAUGUCUGCUAAUGUUUCAGCUAAACGUCCAUUGGGAAACCCAACCCACCUGUAGGAAUUAAGACGCAGAGGAAUGCUGCUUAACAGGAUCUCUUGACUAGAGAGGCAACUGAUAUCUUCUGUUACAACUGUGGAGAAGAUGUACAUUUCAUAUUAUGUACUGAAGUAGUAGCUAGAGUGACAGGAAUCCCCAAACUUGUCAGAGUGCCCAAUAUCCCAGCCAUCCAGGUGGAUGUUCCUGAUGAUUAGGAAGAGCCAUGCAUACAUAUGUGAGCACUGGUAAGACCUGAACUGCAGAAAUCUUUAACUAUCUAUGUAAACAGGAUGACAAUGAUUGUCAGGAACACCUCAGGAAGAGAUGUUACACUCAUAUGUAGGAUGCCAAUUGCCCCUCUUUUUCCUGUGAUGGUAUUGUCUAAUUUUGCAGGGGAAACGGAAGAAGAACAGUCUCCUGGAUUGCGGAAGUUGACGUCGAAGUCAUGCAACUUUGGUGACUCACCAAUACUGGAGGAAUGGAAAAGGAGAUUAAAUGAGAAGAUGUCAGAAUGCGAAGAUGUCUUUUCUAUUGAUGAGUCUGAUGGUUGGUUGCUCCAAAAGUACUUGCCACACUAUUAGAGUGACCAAGGACACCCCUUUCCAAGAGAGGUAGCACCAGCGGAGCUAAAGAUGUUCAACAGCACCUGCUUAAAGUGAAGGAAACUAAGUUCAGUUGUGGCAGAGGAACCUAAGCCACUAAGUAAACAAGUGAUAGACAGGGGGAGAUAUCCUCCAGUAGUCAGGAAACAUCACAAAGAGUGGCUGAAGUUGGAGAAGUUGAAGAUGAGAUGAGGAGGUCUCAGAGUCUGGAAACCCCAAGUUGGCUGGCAGAAAAUGCAUCUGGGAAACUGUGUGUUAUGUCCAUUCCCACGGUGAGAUAUGCUACUUCCAUUUACAAAUGGAUUGAGGAUCCUGAAACCACGAAAUUCAUUUGAAUACUGUGUUACUAAUAAUAGUUUAUUAAGUUCCACAGUCAUGGGGAUAUGAUUAUUUUUGGUGGUGAAGAGAGUGUAAUGGCCUGAUUAAGGUUUCUACUGCUAUGCUGUAGCUAUUUCAUUUUAGCAGUUUUCUGUAAAAGCAUUGUGACCUGCUGGUAGAAUGUUUUGGUUUCAGCUAAAGAUAAGAAACCUAUUGUUUGGUUUAGGAAUGUUGUGUCAACUAAUCUGGAUGGUGGGAUCUGGAGAAGGUUGCAGAGGGAGUUCUCUGAAGGACAUUUGUUUGGUUUGGGGUCAUUUUGGCAGGAGCUGUGGAGUAGAACAGAAGGGAAGAUGCCAUAUAAUGCCAUUGAAAGGAGAGUCCCCAUUGCAAGAAGUGCUUUGUGCAGAUGAAUGGCUUCAAGGAGGAAGGGCAAUAUCCCAGAGAGAGAGAGAGAGAGAGAGAGAGAGCCAGUUUGCUCAAUAUAGUCUUCACGGGGAGUUUGAAAAUAUGGGUGGUUUCACACAGACCGUGGGUCCAGUGCAUGAGUAAGAUACUCCGGAAUACUCCAGUAUGAGCUCCAAUGUUUAUGUGCAGAUUGGACAGGCUUAACUAUUAUGGGCUCUUUUCCUCUUCCUAUUAACCGCUUGACAAAGCUGAAAUUGGCAAAUAUACUUUCUUUAUAAUUUUAUGUGGCGUACAGUCUGUUAUUUCUUGCCAACUGAUAGUUGUGUAUGGGCAAUAUUUAUACAGCAUUCACUCAAGUCAAGGUUUCAUUAAUUGGAACAUCCCAACUUUCCUGUUUGGUUGAAUCCCAAAUCAUAUCGACCCUGGAUGUAUAUUGUUUAUAAAGGUGACCUUCUUACUACAGGGUCCCAUGCUGAGUUAGCAAUCAAGCCAAGUUUCCAGACAAGCCUGGUGAGAGGAUUACACCUCUAUCAAAUCUCCCCACAUUUUUCUAUGCUCUCGGGAAUAAAGUCCUAACCCAUUUAAUCCUUCCCUAUAAAUCAGGCCCUCAAGACUUGGCAACGUUCUUGUAAAUUUCUUCUGCACUCUUUCUAUCUGAUUGAUAUCUUUCCUGUAGGUAAUUAACCAGAACUGCACACAAUACUUCAAAUUAGCCUCACUGAUGUCUUAUACAACUUCAACAUAAUAUCCCAACUCCAGUGCUUUGAUUUAUGAAGGCCAAUGUGCCAAAAGCUCUCUUUACAACCCUGUCUACAUCUGAAGCCAUUUUCAAGGUAUUAUGAAUGUGUAUUCCUGCACUCUUCAGUGCCCUACCACUCACCGUACAAGUCCUAUCCUGGUUUGUCCUCCCAAAGUGUAACUCCUCACAAUUUUCUGCAUUAAAUUCCAUCUGCCAUUUUUCAGUCCAUUCUUCUAGCUGGUCCAGAUUCUGCAGCAAGCUCUGAUGGGCUUCCUUGCUGCCUAAUAGUCCCCAAUCUUACUAUGAUCCACAAACUUGCUGAUCCAGUUUACAUUAUCACAGUUUGUUGAUGUAGAUGAUAAACUACAACAGUCCUCACACCAAUUCCUGCAGCACACCACUAAUCACAGGCCUCCAGUUAGAAAAGCAACCAUCUACUAUCACCCUCUGGUUUCUCCCAUGAAGCCAAUGUCUAACCCAGUUUACUAUCUCAUCCUGAAUGCCAAGUGACUGAACUUUCUUGACCAACCUUCCAUGCAAGAUAUUGUCAAAGACCUUGCUGAAGUCCAUAUAGACAACAUCCACAUCAGCUUUCCUGCUAACUUCCUCAAAAAAACUUCUACAAGAUUGGUGGGAUACAACCUACCAGGCACAAAGCUAUGUUGACUAUCCCUAAUCCUUCCCUGUCUUUCCAAAUAUUUACAUAUCUGGUCCCUUAGAAUACUUUCCAAUGACAUAUCCACUGGCCUAUAAUUUCCCUGCUUACUUUUCGAGCCUUUCUUAAACAACAGAAUAACAUCCGCUAUCCUCCAGUCUUCAGGCACCUCACCUGUCGCAAAGGGCAUUUUAAAUAUCUGUUUUAGGGCCCUUGCAAUAUCUACUCUAGCCUCCCACAGGGCUUGAGGGAACACCUGGUCAAGCUUUGGAGAUUUAUCCAUCCUAAUUUGCCUCAAGACAGCAAACACCUCCUCUGUAAUGUCCAUGACCUUCCGGCUGCUUUGCCUCACUUCUAUAGAACAUAGAACAGUACAGCACAGUACAGGCCCUUCAGCCCACAAUGUUGUGCUGACUGUUAAACCCUACCUCCCAUAUAACCCCCCACCUUAAAUUCCUCCAUAUAUCUGUCUAGCAGUCUCCUAAAUUUCACUAGUGUAUCUGCCUCCACCACUAAGUCAGGCAGUGUAUUCCACGCGCCAACCACUCUCUGAGUAAAAAAACCUUCCUCUAAUAUCCCCCUUGAACUUCCCACCCCUUACCUUAAAGCCAUGUCCUCUUGUACUGAGCAGUGGUGCCCUGGGGAAAAGGCGCUGGCUCUCCACUCUAUCUAUUCCUCUUAUUAUCUUGUAUACCUCUAUCAUGUCUCCUCUCAUCUGCCUUCUCUCCAAAGAGUAAAGCCCUAGCUCCCUUAAUCUCUGAUCAUAAUGCAUACUCUCUAAACCAGGCAGCAUCCUGGUAAAUCUCCUCUGUAUCCUUUCCAAUGCUUCCACAUCUUUCCUAUAGUGAGGCAACCAGAACUGGACACAGUACUCCAAGUGUGGCCUAACCAGAGUUUUAUAGAGCUGCAUCAUUACCUCGCAACUCUUAAACUCUAUCCCUCGACUUAUGAAAACUAACACCCCAUAAGCUUUCUUAACUACCCUGUCUACCUGUGAGGCAACUUUCAGGGAUCAGAGGACAUGUACCCCCAGAUCCCUCUGCUCCUCCACACUACCAAGUAUCCUGCCAUUUACUUUGUACUCUUCCUUGGAGUUUGUCCUUCCAAAGUGUACCACCUCACACUUCACCGGGUUGAACUCCAUCUGCCACUUCUCAGCCCACUUCUGCAUCCUAUCAAUGUCUCUCUGCAAUCUUCGACAAUCUUCUGUACUAUCCACAACACCACCAACCUUUGCGUCUGCAAACUUGCCAACCCAUCCUUCUACCCCAACAUCCAGGUCGUUAAUAAAAAUCACGAAAAGCAGAGGUCCCAGAACAGAUCCUUGUGGGACACCAGUAGUCACAACCCUCCAAUCUGAAUGUACUCCCUCCACCACGACCCUCUGCCUUCUGCAGGCAAGCCAAUUCUGAAUCCACCUGGCCAAACUUCCCUGGAUCCCAUGCCUUCUGACUUUCUGAAUAAGCUGACCAUGUGGAACCUUGUCACAUGCCUUACUAAAAUCCAUGUAGAUCACAUCCAUUGCACUACCCUCAUCUAUAUGCCUGGUCACCUCCUCAAAGAACUCUAUCAGGCUUGUUAGACAUGAUCUGCUCUUCACAAAGCCAUGCUGACUGUCCCUGAUCAGACCAUGAUUCUCUAAAUGCCCAUAUAUCCUAUCUCUAAGAAUCUUUUCCAACAGCUUUCCCACCACAGACGCAAGGCUCACUGGUCUAUAAUUACCUGGACUAUCCCUACUACCUUGAACAAGGGGACAACAUUUUCCUCCCUCCAGUCCUCCGGUACCAUUCCCGUGGACACGAGGACAUAAAGAUCCUAGCCAGAGGCUCAGCAGUCUCUUCCCUCGCCUCGUGGAGCAGCCUGGGGAAUAUUUUGUCAGGCCCUGCGAACUUAUCCAUCCUAAUGUAUUUUAAAAACUCCAACAUCUCCUCUCCCUUAAUAUCAACAUGCUCCAGAACAUUAACCUCACUCAUAUUGACCUCACCUUCAUCAAGUUCCCUCUCAUUGGUGUUACCAAAGAGAAGUAUUCAUUGAGGACCUCACUCACUUCCACAGUCUCCAGGCACAUCUUCCCACCUUUAUCUCUAAUUGGUCCUAUCUUCACUCCUGUCAUCAUUUUGUUCUUCACAUAAUUGAAGAAUGCCUUGGGGUUUUCCUUUACCCUACUCGCCAAGGCCUUCUCAUGUCCCCUUCUUGCUCUUCUCAGCCCCUUAAGCUCCUUUCUUAUUACCCUAUAUUCCUCAAUAGACCCAUCUGAUCCUUGCUGCUUAAACCUCACGUAUGCUGCCUUCUUCCACCUGACUAGAUUUUCCACCUCAGUCACCCGUGGUUCCUUUACCCUACCAUUCCAUAUCUUCCUCACCGGAACAAAGUUUUCCCUAACAUCCAGGAAGAGAUCCCUAAACAUCGACCACAUAUCCAUAGUACAUUUCCCUGCAAAAACAUCAUCCCAAUUCACACCCACAUGUUCUAGCCUUAUAGCCUCAUAAUUUGCCUUUUUCCCCAAUUAAAAAUUUUCUUGUCCUCUCUGAUUCUAUCCUUUUCCAUGAUAAUGUUAAAGGCCAGGGAGCGGUGGUCACUGUCCCCCAGGUACUCACCCACUGAGAGAUCUGUGACCUGACCCAGUUUGUUACCUAAUACUAGAUCUAGUAUGGCAUUCCCCCUCGUCGGCCUGUCAACAUAUUGUGACAGGAAUCCGUCCUGGACACACUUAACAAACUCUGCCCCAUCUAAACCUUUGGAACUAAUCAGGUGCCAAUUAAUAUGAGGGAAGUUAGUCAUCCAUAAUAACAACCCUGUUAUUUUUGCACCCUUCCAAAAUCUGCCUCCUAAUCUGCUCCUAGGUAUCUCUGCUGCUACCAGGGGGCCUAUAGAAUACUCCCAAUAGAGUAACUGCUCCCUUCCUGUUCCUGACUUCCACCCGUACUGACUCAAAAAAGGAUCCUGCUACAUUACCCACCUUUUCUAUAGCUGUAAUAGUAUCCCUGACCAGUAAUACCACCUUCCCCCCCCCCCCACCUGCCCCCAUCCCUUUUAAAGCACUGAAAUCCAGGAAUAUUGAAAAUCCAUUCCUGCCCUGGUGCCAGCCAAGUCUCUGUAAUGACCACUACAUCAUAAUUCCAUGUAUGUAUCCAAGCUCUCAGUUCAUCACCUUUGUUCCUAAUGCUUCUUGCAUUGAAGUACAUGCACUUUAGCCCUUCUACCUUACUACCUUUACACCCUUUAUUCUGCUUCUCUUUCCUCAAAGCCUCUCUAUAUGUUAGAUCUGGCUUUACUGUAUGCACUAUACUUGCAGUUCUCGCAUUACAUUUAUCAUCCUCCACCUCACUAUUUGCUCUAACACUCUGGUUCCCCUCCCCCUGUAAAUCUAGUUUAAACUCCCUGGAGCAGCACUAGCAAACCUUCCCGCAAGGAUGUUAGUCCCCCUCCAGUUCAGGUGCAACCUGUCCCGUCAGAACAGGUCCCACCUUCCCUGGAACAAGGCCCAAUUGUCCAGCAACAGGAAGCCCUCCCUCCUGCACCAACUCCUUAGCCAUAUAUUUAGCUGCAUUUUCUUCCUAUUUCUAGCUUGACUAGCACGUGGCACGGGUAGCAAUCCUGAGAUUGCAACCCUGGAGGUCCUGUCCUUCAACUUUGCACCUAACUCCCUAAACUCUCUUUGCAGGACCUCCUCCUUCUUCCUAUACACGUCGUUGGUCCCUACAUGGACCAUGACAUCUGGCUACUUACCCUCCUUCCUGAGAAUACUGAGAACUCGAUCCAAGAUAUCGCGGACCCUGGCACCAGGGAGGCAACAGACCAUCCGGGAUUCUCAAUCUCUCCCACAGAACCACCUAUCUGUCCCCCUAACUGUCAAAUCCCCAAUCACUACUGCUCUCCUCCUUUCCCUCCUUCCCUUCUGAGCUGAGGGUCCAGUCUCGGUGCCAGAAACACGACCACUGCAACUUGUCCCUGGUAGAUCGUCCCCACCAACAGUAUCCAAAAUGGUAUACUUAUUGUUGAUGGGAACGGCCACAGGGGUGCUGUGCUCUUUCUGCCUAUUCCCCUUCCCUCUCCUGACAGUCACCCAGCUACCUGCCUCCUGACUUUUAGGGGUGACUAUCCCUGUAACUCCUGUUUAUUUCUGCUUCUGUCUCACGAAUAAUCUGAAGUUCAUCCAGCUCCAGUUCCCCGACUCAGUUUGUCAGGAGCUGCAGCUGGAUGCACCUUUUACAGGUGUAGUCAUCAGGGACAGUUGUGCUCACUCUGACUCCCCACAUACUGUAAACGGAGCACUCGACUGCCCUAACUGCUGCCUCCAUUACCUACUUCUAAGUUAAUUAGAGUUAUUAAAGGAACUUGCCUGGCCUUACCUCACUGGGAGCAGGCUUGUCCUCAGCCGUCUCUGUCCACCUCCUAACUACAUACAGAUGCAAAAGCUCCACUUAAGAUCUUCCCCAUCUCUUUCAGCUCCAUACAUAGAUGACUACUCUGAUCUUCAAGAGGACAAAUUUCAUCCUUUCCAAUCCUUUUGCUCCUAAUAUAUCUGUAGAAGCCCUCGGUAUUCACCUUCACCUUGACUGCUAGCACAACCUCAUGUCUUCAUUUAGUCCUGAUUUCCUUCUCAAAUGUUUUUUUGCUUUUCUUAUACCCCUCAAGUACAUCAUUUGUUCCUUCCUGGCUAUAUCUGCUAUUGACCUCAUUCUUCUUAACCAAGAACUCAACAUCUCUUGAAAACCAAGGUUCCCAAAAACUGUUAUCCUUCCCUUUAUUCUGAUAGCAGCAUACAAACUCUGUACUCUCAAAAUUUUGCUUUUGAAGGCCUUCCACUUACCAAGCACACCGUUGCCUGAAAACAACCUAUCCCAGAUCCUUGCUGAUACCAUCAAAAUUGGCCUUUCUCCAAUUUAGAAUCUCAAUCUGAGGACCAGACCUACCCUUGAAACUAAUGACAUUAUGAUGACUAGAUGCAAAGUGUUCCCCUACACUAUCUUCUGUCACCUCCCUGUCUUGUUCUCUAAUAAGAGACCUGGUAUCACACUCCGUCUCGUUGGAACCUCUUUGUAUUGAUUAAGGAAACUUUUCCUGAACACACUUGACAAACUCUAUCCCAUCCAGCCCUUUUAUAGUAUGAGGGUCCCAAUCAAUACGUGGAAAGUUAAAAUCACCUAUUAUCACAACUUUGUUUCUUGCAACAAUCUGCAAUCUCUCUACAAAUUUCCUCCUUUAAAUCCCACAGACUGUUGAGUGGACUACAAUCCCUUUCUUAUUCCUCAGUUUCACCCAUAUAGUCUCAGUAGCUGAGCUCUCCAGUCUCUCCUGACUGAGCAAUACAGUGACAUUUUCCCUAACUAGUAAUGCCACCCUUCCCCUUUAAAUCCCCCAUGCUCUAUCACAUCUAAAACAAUGGAACCUUGGAAUAUUAAGAUGACAGUCCUGCCCUUUCUGCAAUCAGGUCUCACUAAUGGCUACAAUGUGGUAAUUUCAUGUGCUGAUUCAUGCCCUAUGCUCAUCUGCCUUUCCUACAAUGCUCCUUCAACUGAAAUAUACACAACUUAGUACAUUAGUCUCACCAUGUUCAAACUAUUGAUUCCUGACUUUAUAUGUAGGCUUAACAACAUCUUUCCCAAAAACCACUCCAUUAUCUGCUCUAGCACACUGGUACCCAUUGCCCUAUAACUCUAGUUUAAGCUGCCUCAUGCAACACUAGCAAACCUCCCCACAAAGGUAAUAGUUCCCCCGCAGUUUAGGUGCAAACCAUCCCAUCCCAUUUGUACAGCUCCCACCUUCCCUGAAAGACAGACCAAUGACCCAAAAAUCUGAAGUGCUCUCUCUUACACCAUCCCCUUAGCCACAUGUUAAACUAUAUUAUCUUCCUAUUUCUGGCCUCACAAUCCUGAGGUGACAACCCUGGAAGUCCUGUCCUUUAACUCCCUGAACUCACAUUACAGGACCUCACCACCCUUCUUACCCAUGUCAUUGGUACUGCCGUGGACUAUGACCUUUGGUUGCUCUCCCUCCCACUUAAGAAUGAUCCAAGAUGUCCCUGACCCUGGCUUCUGAGAGACAACAUACUAUCCGGGAAUCUUGUUCUCAUCCACAGAACCUACUGUCUGUUCCUCUAACCAUUGAAUCCCUAUCAUUACAGCUUGCCUCUUAUUUCUUCUUCCCCCUCCCUUUCUGAACCACAGAGCCAGACUCUGCCAGAGACCUGACCACUAUGGCUUUACUGUGCUAAGUUAUCCCACCACCCUCCCCCUGCCACCCCACCCAAGUAUCCAAAGUGGUAUAGCUGUUAUUGAGGGUAAUAACCAGAUGGGUACUCUGCACUGGCUGCCUAUCCCUUUCCUCUUGCAGUCACCCAGUUACCUGUGUUCUGCUCCUUGGGUGUAUCUACCUCCCUGUUUGUCCUGUCGAUCAACCCCUCAGCCUCACGAAUGGUCUAGAGUUCAUUCAGCUCAAGUUCCGAUUCCUUAACACAGUCAGUAAGAAGCUAUAGCUGGAUGUACUUCUUGCAGAUGUAGUCACCAUGGACACUGAAGGUCUCCCUGCCAUCCCAUAUCCCACAAGGGGAGCAUUUCACAUCCUACUUGACAUCCCCACUACUCUAACUUCAAUAAGAGAGGGAGAGAGAGAAAGAAAGAAAAAAAUAAACCAAAAAAAAUCUACCUUCAGCCUCCUCCUCUCUUCUAUGAAGCCUCUAUGAUCCGAAGCCUCAACUCUACACUCUAAACCACUUAAAACUAACUUCUCUUUAUUGGACCUUGCCAAGUACCUAGUUACGUACACUUCAACAUUUUGUGUGUGGCGAGGAAAAUUAUUUUAUAUUAUCUGUGUGGUAUCUCACAAAAUGUACUUCUGUUCUUUUAAGUCUUUUGCUGCUAGAGUCUUAAAAACUCCCUAAUCCUCAAUUCAGCCACAAAUUCUUGCCACUUUGUAUACCCUAGUUCUCAAUUUAACAUUACAUUUUACUUCCCUUGACCACAGAUUUUGCCUCUUCCUCUUUAUGCUCUUUUGUUGAGCAUUAUAGCCCAGCUCUUGAAUAAUUGCCACUUUUCUUCAACAGACCUAUCACUUGGCUUUUUCACCCAGUCCACUUUUGACAACCCCCUCCCCUCCGUACCAUUAUAAUUGCCUUCAUUUAAUUUGAGGAUACUGGUUUUCAAUCUAUGAUGUUCAUCCUCAAACUACAUUUGGAAUUCUGUUAUUUGGUGGUCAUUAUUUCCUCAGGGAUCUUUAUCCACAAGAUUCCUAUUUAUUCGUCCUGAUUACAUUAGACUAGGCUAUUUUAAAUUUGUCUUGCAAUUGAAGUAGAACAAUGUGUAAUUGGUUGUUGUGGCCUUAAACAAAAUCAGGUGUAAAGAUUUUCAUCGACAGUCAGCAAGAUGUACUUUAUGAAGUGCUUCAGUUAGUUACAAGAAUUGCAAAUCAGGGAGGUCAGGUAAAAUUUCUAUGGGUUCCAGCACAUAUAGGGGUGAAGAGGAAUGAGAGGGUGGAUGAGUUGGCAAAGAGGGCGUUAAAGAAAGAAAAUGUGGAAAUGCACAUUAGUAUCAGUAAAGCAGAGGUUAAGUGUGUAAUCUGGGAAAAAGUCAACCGAAUGUGGCAAGAAAGAUGGGACAGGGAGGGGAAAGGGAGGCAUUUAUAUCAAAUACAAAAGAGUGUUGCAGUUACUAGGGUAGGUAAUGGAAACAGAAGAGAGGAAAUUGUGUGGACUAGGUUAAGGCUGGGGUAUUGUGCAUUAAACAAAACAUUGAAAAUGAUAGGGAAACACCAGACAGGAUUGUGUGAGGAAUGUCAGGAAGAGGAGUCAGUAGAACAUGUAGUUUUGAGUUGCAGGAAGUAUGGGAUACAGAGAGAGAUGAUGAGAAAUAAAUUAAGGGAGUUGGGGAUGCAGGAAUUCAUAUUAAAAGGGUUGCUGGGCAUGGGUGAGAGAGCACAAGUCCGGGUAUUUUUAGUGUUUUUAAGGGGUACAGGGGUUUUUUAUAGAAUAUGAUGAAUAAACAGGAAUGGGAUACUAGGAUGGUCAAAGAUGGGAGGGUGAAUGUGUGUGUGUAUGAAUAUACAUAUAUACAUACGCGUAUGUGCGAUUGGAUGAAGGGAUUUAGAAUGUAUGUUUAGUGCACAUUCUGGAGCAGAGGGUGGCAGCAAUGCACCAUUAAGCUGGAUGCCAACCUCCGUAAAACAAGAUACAGACAGAAGAUUUUCAUCAAGAAGGGAAUAGGCUUUCUCAGAAGAAAGGAUCUUGCAGUUAGGAAUAGUUUACGGAAAAAAACCUCAAAUUUAUUUUGUAGUCAGAAGGCUUUUCAGAAAAGGUAGCUUAUUAUCAUAAUCAGGAUCCAUAAUAGGAAGGGGACUGAUUUUCAAUACCAAAAGAUCUGGAUUUUCCUUUCCAUUGAGACUGCAACACCUAGGGCACCAAGAUGUGGUCCUUUGUGGUACAAUUCACAUGCUAAGAUUACUUCCAUCUCUUUUCCUUACUCUCUUUUCUUUCUUAUAUUGUUGGCCUUUAAUGUAAUUCGUCCACUACAUAGAGCAUAGAUCACAGCAGGGUGCUCUUACUGAAAACCUCCUAGAAUGUGAGACCAGCAUGACAAAAUAUCCUAAUCUGACUUGUACUGCUUAAAAUAUGCCAUUUUGGGGAGAGUUAUCCUGUUUUGCUGCAUGACAUGGCAUGGGUAAUGGCAAAAUAAGUAGAUAGGAUGCUAGUGGCAGCAGAAAGUCGAUAAGGUGGUAAAGAAAGUAUAGAGCAUAUUUGCCUCCAUAAGCUGGGGUGUUGACGAUAAACAUUGAGAAGUUACACUGCAGUGUAUAAAUCUUUGGGCGAGCCACAUUUGGGUUCUGGUCACUGUUUUGCAGGAAAGAACUGGAGGCUUUGGAGAGGGUGCAGAAGACACUCAACAGGACUUUGCCUCAAUUGGGGAGUAUUAGCUGUAACUACAGGUUGGAUAAAUUUAAAUUGUUUUCUCUGGCACAUCAAAGGCUGAAGGACAACCUGAUAGAAAUAUAUAAAAUGAUGUGCGGUAUAAAUCAGGAAGAUAGUUAGAGCCUUUCUCCCAGGACGGAAAUGUCACACUCUAAAGGGCAUAGCUUUAAGGUGAGAGAAAAAGUUUAAAAGAGAUUUAUGAGGUAUUUUUUAAUACAAAGAGUGCCUAGUACACCCUGCCAGGAAAGGCAGUGGAAGCAGAUAAGAGGCAGGAAUAUAGGACAUAUAGGAUUAAUUUGUGCUGGCAUCAUGAUCAACACUGAUGUAGUGGGCUGAAGAGCGUGUUCCUGUACUGUGCUGUUCUAAGUUCUAUAUUCACUGGACAUAGUUGGAUAUAAUAACAGAGCAGUUACUUUAUUAGAUUAUUAUGCAGAGGUCAUAAUUACUGAGUUGGAACUCACCAUGGUAGCUGAUGAACUUAAGUAGUUAACUAAGUCUGAAAUUAAAAUGCCAGUGUGAGUUAUGAAAACAGUGGUAACAUUGAGCUUGUCAUAAUAUCCUUAAAGUAAAUAAUUGUGCCUUGUCUACACGGUCUAGUCUUCAUUUCUUUCUGAAAUGGCUUCAAUUUGGGGCAAUAAAUACCAGCUUGCCAGCAAUUUCCACAUUUGUGAAAAAAUAAACAGUCUUGUCUGAAUGUCUAUAUAAAGGUGGAAGGUAAGGCGCUAUUUUAAGAUCUAGUGAGUUACGAUAAUUUCAGAUUAAGCAUAUGGGUUCCCAAACACCAACAAAUCUAGGCUUUGCUCCCAGGAUGAUGUAAAACAUGAAAUAUGGUCUUGCUUCUCUCAAUUUGGCUGUGCUGAUAUUUUCUGCAGCUUUUGAAAGUUAAGAGUUCAUGUUCUGCUCCAGAAAGAAUUGAAAUGACACUUCACCUGCAAGUCUGUCAGGGUCACGUACUGUGUCCAGGGCUCCCGGUGCGCCUCCUGUACAUUAGUGACACUCAACGUCGAUUGGGACACUGCUUUGUUGAGCACCCUUGCUCUGUCUGCUACAAAAGGCCGGAUUUCCUGCUGGGAACCCAGAUUAAUUUGACUUCCUUAUUCCCAUUCCAAUAUGUCUGCCUCCAACCUGAUGGCAUAACCAUCUAUAAUCUCUUAAUUUCUGGUCAUUUCUCUGCCUUCCUCCUACUCUCUUUGCACAUGCCCCAUUUUGGGUCCCCUCUUACCCCUUCUCUUCACCUACCCAUCACCUCCCUUUGGUGCCUCUCCUUCAUCCCUUUUUCCCUUGGUCACUUUCCUCUCCAAUUAGGUUCCUUCUUCUUUAGCUCUUUACCUUCCCCAGCUAUGACCUCCCAGCUUCUUGCUUCAUCCCGGCCUUCCCCUCACCUGACUACACCUAUCACCUUCUAGAUUGUACUCCUUCCCCUUUAGAACUUAUUAUUUUGGCUUCUUCCCCCUUCCUUUCCAGUCCCGAUGAAGGGUCUCUGCCCAAAACAUCAGCUCUUUAUUCCUUUCCAUAGGUGCUGCCUGACUUGCUGAGUUCCUCCAGCAUUUUGUGUGUGUUGCUCUGGAUUUCCAGUAUCUGCCAAAACUCUUGCGUUUAGGAUUGAAACAAUAGUUUUUGUUCAGUGUAGACAAAUACACAUAAUGUACAUUCAUGUCAAUUAGAAUUUUUGGAUACUUGUUAUUUGAAAUAUGCUGCUGCAUUUGUGUUCUAAAAGAUGGCAUAGUUUGUAAAGUGCCAAGAAGUUGUAAAAGAUGCUCAGAAAUUCAGGUUCUUCUAUAUUCUCAAAAAUAUAGCUUCCUAUGAUUAAAAUAAAAAUACUAGAAAAACACAGUUGGUAAGCAGCCUAUGAAAAGAGACACAGUUAAUGUUUCAUGUUAAUUACCUUUCAUCAGCACCAGUUCAUCAAUUUUGAUGAAAGUUCAUUAGCCUUCCCUGUUGAGCCUUUGUAGCUUUUUCUAUUUUUAUUUCAGAGUUGUAGUCUCUGCAGCAUAUUAUUUCUUUGAUUUUCAGUGAUUGAAGUAUUAGCCAAUGUCAAUUGACAUCUUGAGAGUAGCACCAAAGAUGACAGCUGUAGUGUUUUGGUGUCUUGCCCUGUGUUUGUUUGUUUUUUUUUCAUGAACAGUGCAACUUUUAAGCAGCAAUGAGUGUAGUUAAACCUGAAAUUCCAGGAGCGGCCCCACCACGUACCUCCAAUUUAUUUGAAAUAACCUCCUAUUUUACAUUUAUUUCUUUUAAAUGAUCCUAUGUAGUUGAUCAGAACCUUCUGAGGUUCUAAUUGGGGAGAGUGUGAAAUCCAUUAACAGCUUAUAGAAUAAGUAAGAACCCCUAAUAAUAAUUUAACAAGUUAACACAAGACUUCUGGUAGAAAUGGCACCUCAGACAGUGUAACCUCCAAGUGCAUGUCGACAAUUGAAGGAUUUCUGAGCAGUGAAAUAAUCAAAGAUAUUCAAAAUGUUAUAAAGGUUGAUGGAAUAGUCUUAGGGAAACUAUUUCUUCCCAUGGACAGGUCAAAAAUAAAGGACAUAACAAUAAAAUUAGAAUUAGCCCAUUCUGAAAGUACACAGUGGCAUGCAAAAGUUUGGGCACCCCUGGUCAAAAUUUCCGUUACUGUGAAUAACGAAGUGAUGGUCCUGCAUAAAGUUAAAUAACUUUUGGAGAGAUGUUUAUAGAAUGUUAUCAAAAGUCAUAGGUCUGGACCUACAACCGAAUUCACUUGUGGCAAUCUUUGGGGUUAUUCCAAUGGAAGCAGGAAACAUUUCUGCUUCUGCUCAACUCAUGAUAGCUUUCUCAACUUUAUUGGCUAUUCUGUUGUACUGGAAGGAUCCCAAUCCACCUUUUUUUUUUGGCUCUCCUCCAUUGUCUUGUUUAAGUUUGGAGAAAAUAUUAAGUCGGACAUUGAUACAUCUUUUAAAUUUGAGCAAACUUGACAACCUUUUAUUCAAUAUUUUCAUAUGAUCUAAUUCUUAUUACUUUAUAGUUAAUUAUUCAUUUUUCUCUGUGAAUUUUUAGAUUUGAUCAGAAGGUGUUUCCCUUUUUUAACUGUAUCUUCAAAAUGGACUGCCCAGUCCCCCUUUUCUGUUUGUUUUAGGUUAGCUUAGUGGUUUUUUUUGUCAAUAAUAGAAAUUUUAAAUUUUCUUUUCCAUGAACUGUUAAGAAGAGAGGUGGUUCUCUUUUCUCUUUAUAUUAGCUUAAUACUAUACAUGAUUUUGACAGUGUAUACUCCUUAUUUGUAUUAUUAUUGAAUUAUGUAUUUGCAAUAACCUCUCCUCUGCUUUGUAUUUACCUUUAUUCUUUUAA